AUGAUGGUGGGUCAUUUUAUCUUGAUUCCAAAGGUAUCCAAUUUGAACUAAAAGAUGUUAAAGUUCUUAAAGUAGAAGCGCUGUUUGGUUCCGGAGGGUUUAUUUUCAUUAAAGAAGCUUUAAAAUGCUCAUUAACUAACUUAUUUCUUUAAGAUUCUUAUGCAGGCCAAUUAGGUUAGCAAAUUUAUUCUUAGAAAUUUGGCUUGA